AUGCCGAGCUUUCCCCCUCUGCUGCUGCUGCUGCUGCUCUGGGGUUCCAGUUCUUACGGCUUCCCACCACUUUCAGAAGGAAACUGGCAAAAUGUGGAGAAAGUCUGGAAAUACCUGAAAGACAAUUACAAAUUGGAUGGAUACCUGCCAAUUGAAAAGCUGAGAGGCACAGGGUUGACGAUUGAAAAGCUGAAGCAAAUACAGCAAUUCCUUGGGCUGAAGGUGACUGGGAAGUCAGUUCCUCAGUCCCCAAGAGUGGGGAGGAACGCUGAGCUUGAGGCAGCUGAUGAGGUCCUGUAUGUGACUGAAAACAACCCUCGCUGGCAGAAAACACAUCUGACUUACAGGCUUACAAAUUACGAAACGCAUUUGCCAAGAGAAGUUGUGGAUCGUUCCAUUGACAGAGCCUUUAAGCUCUGGAGUGACGUGUCACCUCUAACGUUCUCCAGGAUAUUUGAGGAUGAAGCAGAUAUAAUGAUAACCUUCUUCCGUGGAGACCAUAAUGACAACAACCCCUUUGAUGGACCUGGAAACCUACUUGCUCACGCUUUUCAGCCAGGCCCAGGGAUUGGGGGCGACAUUCAUAUAGAUGCUGAUGAAACCUGGACUGACAAUACUGACGGUUAUCUGUGCCAUUUGUACACCCAGAUGUCAGGAAUCCUAGAUGACGGUGUGCUAUUACAGAUAUUCGGCACUCACUGGCACCAGCACCAGUUCCAGCAACAAGAUGUAAGCCAGAGGUCACUGGAGGCACGAGGAAAACUUCAUUUUCUCUACUUUGCAAACAGGUUCUACCUUCGGGUAAAUCGUUUCAUGCCUGAAGUGGAGCUCAAUUUUAUUGGUAUUCUCUGGCCAGACCUGCCGAGAUCUAGACUUGAUGCUGCUUAUGAGCUUAGUGAAAAGGAUGAAGUUCUGUUUUUCAAAGGUAAUAAGUACUGGGCUGUUCAGGGUCGGGAUGUGGUGUCUGGAUACCCCAAGGACAUCUACAGCUCCUUUGGUUUCCCGAGCCACGUGACACGUAUCGAUGCUGCUGUUUAUCAGGAAGAAACUGGCAAAACGUAUUUCUUUGUUGGAGAUAUGUACUGGAGGUAUGAUGAAAACAAAUUGGCCAUGGAUGAAGGUUACCCCCGACUUAUAGCACAGGAUUUCCCUGGAAUUGGCCACAAAGUUGAUGCUGUUUUCCAGAGACAUGGAUUUUUCUAUUUCUUUCAUGGAUCAAGACAAUACAAAUUUAAUCUUAAAACAAAGAAAGUUCAUUUUUCCAACAGAGCUAAUAGCUGGUUCAACUGCUAA